GAAAGCCUGACAGCCGCUUCUCUCUUGUUUCUUUUUGUUCCCUCCCUCUCUCCGGUGGUCAUCCGGUCUCGUUGUAGAGGUGCAGCCGUGGAUUAGUGAUCUAAACGGGGCUGAGUCGGGACCGUGGGAGCGCGUCUGAUCGCUGCCUUCAACUUGGGGCUGAAGAGACACGGGAAACUCCUCGGGAUUCUCCGUACACCGAGCUCUCAUCCACAUCUUCUGUUUUGCGUGCUGAAGUGCUUCUUAAGGAGAAUUCUUUGGAGAUUUCUUGCUCUUUCAUUCCUCAAGGAUGAAGCAGCACAGUGGACGUGUGCACUGAGACAGCUCCCACGUUUCAACUUCUUGUUCCAGGAUGAACCAUGAGCAAAGGUUGUAAGGGCCUGUUUCUAUCGUCCUGUUGUACAGUGAGGCAGUGAGCUCACGGUGGAUACAGCAUGCAUGUGUCGACAUAUCCCAUGAUGCACUCUGCCAGUCCAGGCCUGCUCCUCCUUAGCUUCCUCUUACUCGCUGAUGCUGAUUCACCUCCCAGAUUCACGCGAACCCCAGAAGACCAAACAGGAGUCCAGGGGGGAGUGGCUUCCUUUGUGUGCCAGGCCUCAGGGGAUCCACAGCCCAAGAUUGUCUGGAACAAAAAAGGCAAAAAAGUCAGCAACCAGAGAUUUGAGGUAAUAGAGUUUGACGAUGGGUCUGGUUCUGUCCUGAGGAUCCAGCCACUGAGGACCCCAAGAGAUGAGGCUAUUUACGAAUGUCACGCCUCCAACUCCGCAGGAGAACUCAUUGCUUCCACCAAACUGAGUGUCCUCCGAGAGGACCAGCUGCCCUCGGGGUUCCCCACCAUAGACAUGGGUCCCCAGCUUAAAGUGGUGGAGCGUUCUCGGACGGCCACCAUGCUCUGUGCUGCUAGCGGUAACCCUGACCCAGAAAUUACCUGGUUCAAGGAUUUCCUGCCAGUCAACACGUCCAAUAACAAUGGACGAAUCAAGCAGCUCCGCUCAGAGUCCUUUGGUGGCACGCCCAUACGAGGUGCCCUCCAGAUAGAGAUGAGCGAAGAGUCAGACCAGGGGAAGUAUGAGUGUGUUGCCACCAACAGCGAUGGGACACGCUAUUCCACCCCAGCUAACCUCUAUGUCAGAGAGCUGCGAGAAGUGCGUCGUGUCCCCCCUCGGUUCUCCAUCCUCCCGGCAGAUAGCGAGAUCAUGCCAGGGGGGAACAUCAACAUCACCUGCGUGGCAGUGGGUUCCCCCAUGCCCUACGUGAAGUGGAUGCUGGGAGCCGAAGACCUGACUCCCGAGGACGACAUGCCCAUCGGCCGCAACGUUCUUGAGCUGACUGACAUACGCCAGUCCAACAAUUACACCUGUGUUGCCAUGUCGACGCUUGGCGUGAUUGAGGUGGUGGCGCAGAUUAUCGUGAAAGCUCUGCCGAAGGCUCCUGGCAUCCCUGUGGUGACGGAGAGAACUGCGACCAGCAUCACACUCACCUGGGAUUCUGGCAACGCUGAGCCCGUCUCCUACUACAUCAUACAGCACCGUGCCAAAGGCUCUGACGACCCCUACAAAGAGAUUGAUGGCAUUGCUACAACACGCUACAGCGUGGGCGGCCUCAGCCCUUACUCCCACUAUGACUUUUGCGUUGCAGCCGUUAACACCAUUGGCAAAGGCCCCUCCAGCGACGUGGUGGAGGCUCGCACGGCCGAGCAAGCCCCCUCCUCGCCCCCUCGACAGGUCCGGGGUCGUAUGCUGAGCACAACCACAGCAAUCAUCCACUGGGACGAACCAGAGGAACCAAACGGACAGGUGGUCGGUUACAGAGUGUACUACACCUCAGACAACACACUGUCAGUCAACCAGUGGGAGAAACAGAUGGUGCGCAGCGCCAACUUCAUCACCAUCCAGGGUUUGACCCCCAACAAGACGUAUUACAUCAGAGUGCUGGCCUUCACCUCUGUAGGAGACGGACCCCUGUCCCAGGACCUGCAGAUUAUAGCCAAGACUGGAGUUCCAUCCCAACCUUCAGAAUUUAAGGGUGAGGCCAAGUCUGAGACCAGUAUCCUGUUGUCCUGGGUGGCCCCACCCCAAGGUGGCCCUGACAACCAGAUCACAGGGUAUGAACUGGUCUACAGACGAUCCGAUGACUCAGAGGAGAAGAAAAUGAGCUUUGAGCCGACCACCUCCCACCUGCUGAAGAACCUGAAGCCUUUCUCCACCUACACUUUCCAGCUGGCCGCCAAAAGCAGGCACGGAAUUGGGGCGUAUACCAACGAAGUGUCCAUCGAAACUCCGCAGACGCUUCCAUCGGCACCUCCCCAGGACAUCACAUGCACUACUCCCAGUUCUACCAGCAUCCUGGUAAGUUGGGCUCCGCCUCCCCUGGAGUUUCAGAACGGCGUUAUAACCGGAUACUCCAUCCAGUACUCGACCACGGAGGGCAACAAAACGUCCAAAAGGGUUGACGGUAUCCCUCCGGAAAGUUCCCCCUAUCUUCUGGAAAACCUGGAGAAAUGGACUGAGUAUGGCAUAACGAUACAAGCACAGACGGAAGCCGGGGACGGACCGGAAAGUUUACAGCUGCUUAUCCGCACCGAGGAGGAUGUUCCAAGUGGUCCUCCACGAGGAGUUGAGGCAGAAACUGUGAACGCCUCGGCCAUUAGGGUGAAAUGGCGAGCACCGGCACCCGAACGGCAGCACGGUCAGAUCAGAGGCUACCAAGUCCACUUUGUGAGGAUGAACUACGGCGAGCCUCAGGGACAGCCCUUCAUCAAGGACAUCCUCAUGGAGGACUCGCAGUGGGAAUACGAUGACUCAACUGAAUAUGACGUCGUUCUUGGAGACCUGCAGGCAGACACUGGCUACUCAGUAUCAGUGGGGGCUUACACUGCCAAAGGCGAUGGUGCUCGCAGCAAACCUGUUACAGUCUGCACUGCCCUGCCACUGCCUGAGAAGCCCAAACUGUUGGUGAGUGCCACUGAUUUAGGUACUGCUCUCCUUCAGUGGCACCCUCCCCCAAACCCACCCACUGCGCUCCUCGGGUACCGCCUCACCUUUGGCCGCAUUGAUGUCCUCCCUUUCACGGUGGUGGAGUUUCCCACUAAGGAGAACCGCUACACAGCCCACGACAUCCACAAGGGAGCAAACUAUGUGUUCAAACUUUCUGCCCGAAACAAAAUGGGCUACGGGGAGGAGGCGGUAAAGGAGGUGACUACUCCUGAGGAUGCCCCAAGUGGAUACCCAGAAAAUAUAAACUCUGAUGAGGCCUCUGCCACCUCUCUCAGGCUAACAUGGAAAUCAGUCCCACUAAUUGAGCAAAACGGGAAAAUCACACAGUUCUCUGUGCUGUAUAAAGAUAUAAACAGUCGAGGGAACGCCUCUGAAGUUAUGGUGCCCGCUCCAGGGUCGAGUGUGUUGUUGGAGGCUCUGAGUGCCGAUACUGUGUAUGAUGUCAGGGUGUGCGCGUUCACAGCUGUCGGCCCUGGGCCGUACAGCCCUGGUGUCCAGUUUAGGACGCAGCGGCUGGACCAAGUUUUUGCAACCAACUUCAGAGUAAAAGCAGCCAUGAAGAACUCUGUCCUUCUCUCCUGGGAGAUCCGAGACAAGAACCCUGCACAGCCAUUCACCAUCCUGUAUGGAAAGGGCCAGUCCGUUGAAGUGGAUGGAAAACAGACUCAGAAGCUGAUCACUGGCCUGGAGCCCAACACUCAGUACUCCUUUCUUCUCACCAACCGGGCCAACAGCGCCGGGGGCCUGCAGCACCGCGUCACCGCCACCACGGCCCCUGACAUCCUCAAGACCAAGCCCACCGUGGUGGGGAAAACCAACGCAGACGGCAUGGUGACCGUGCAGCUACCGACCGUGCAGACCACGGCUAAAGUCAGGGGUUAUUACGUGGUGGUGUUGCCACUGAAGAAGCAGAGAGGGAAGUUCCUGAAUCCCUGGGAGGAGCCUGAUCAGAUGAACAUGGAUGAGCUCCUAAAAGAGAUCAACAGGACGAGUAUCAGUCACGCCCUUCGCAUCCGCAGACAGGCUGGCCAAUCAGAUCCCAGAGCCUAUGUCACUGCCCACUUUAAGACCCUCCCACUGGAGUUCACACUAGGUGAUGGACGAAACUAUGGUGACUUCCGCAACCGUCCACUGCAGAACGGACAGGAGUAUGUGUUCUUUGUGCUCGCACUGCUCGACCUUUCUGAGAAUACCAUGUUUGCCACUAGCCCUUAUUCUGACCCUGUUACGUCACUGGAUGUGGACCCAAAGCCAAUAGUUGAUGAAGAGGAGGGGCUGCUGUGGGUGGUGGGGCCUGUGCUGGCUGUCAUCUUCAUCGUCUGCAUUGUCAUCGCCAUUCUUCUCUUCAAGAGCAAACCUGACAGGAAACGAGCUGAGGCUGAAGGCAGGAAAGGUAGUUUCCCCUGCAGCAAAGCCAUGUCAUCUCACCACCCCACUGAUCCUGUGGAGCUCCGCAGGAUAAACUUUCAGACUCCAGGCAUGGCAAGUCACCCGCCCGUCCCCAUCUCGGAGAUGGCAGAUCACAUUGAGCGCCUCAAGGCAAACGACAAUCUCAAGUUCUCUCAAGAGUACGAGUCCAUCGACCCUGGUCAGCAGUUCACAUGGGAGAACUCCAACUUGGAGGUCAACAAACCAAAGAACCGCUAUGCUAACGUCAUCGCCUACGACCACUCCAGGGUUAUACUCUCCAGCAUAGAGGGUGUCCCGGGAAGUGACUACAUCAAUGCUAACUACAUCGAUGGCUACCGCCGUCAGAAUGCCUACGUCGCAACUCAGGGCUCCCUCCCUGAGACCUUUGGGGACUUCUGGAGAAUGGUCUGGGAGCAGCACACAGCCAACAUUAUCAUGAUGACCAAGCUGGAGGAGAAGUCACGGGUGAAGUGUGAUCAGUACUGGCCAACCCGGGGCACAGAGACCUACGGCCUCAUUCAGGUCACUCUGCUGGACACAGUGGAGCUGGCUACCUACUCUGUCAGGACCUUCGCUCUUUACAAGAGCGGCUCCAAUGAGAAGCGUGAGGUUCGUCACUUCCAGUUCACAGCCUGGCCGGACCACGGGGUGCCCGAACACCCCACACCCUUCUUGGCCUUCCUUCGGAGGGUGAAGGCCUGCAACCCUCCAGAUGCAGGACCGAUGGUCGUCCAUUGCAGCGCUGGAGUUGGUCGUACAGGCUGCUUCAUUGUGAUCGACGCCAUGGCGGAGCGUAUCAAGCACGAGAAGGCCAUUGACAUCUAUGGUCACGUCACGCUGAUGCGUUCCCAGAGGAACUACAUGGUCCAAACAGAGGAUCAGUACAUCUUCAUCCACGAUGCACUGCUGGAGGCCGUGACCUGCGGGAACACCGAGGUCCCCGCCAGGAACCUGUACUCCUACAUCCAGAGGCUGACACAGAUUGAACCGGGAGAGAAUGUCACCGGCAUGGAGCUGGAGUUCAAGCGUCUGGCGAGUGCCAAGGCCCACACAUCACGGUUCGUGAGUGCCAACCUGCCAUGCAACAAGUUCAAGAACCGGCUGGUGAACAUCAUGCCCUAUGAGACCACGCGUGUGUGUCUGCAGCCAAUCAGAGGAGUGGAGGGGUCCGACUACAUCAAUGCCAGCUUCAUCGAUGGAUACAGGCAGCAGAGGGCCUAUAUAGCCACCCAAGGGCCCCUGGCCGAGACAACAGAGGACUACUGGAGGAUGCUGUGGGAACACAACUCCACUAUUGUUGUCAUGUUAACCAAACUGAGAGAAAUGGGACGGGAGAAGUGUCACCAGUACUGGCCCGCUGAGCGCUCGGCCAGGUACCAGUACUUUGUGGUGGAUCCCAUGGCUGAGUACAACAUGCCCCAGUACAUCCUCCGAGAGUUCAAAGUUACAGAUGCCAGGGAUGGCCAAUCACGGACGGUUCGUCAGUUCCAGUUCACUGAUUGGCCAGAGCAAGGAGUGCCAAAGUCAGGGGAGGGAUUCAUUGAUUUUAUUGGCCAGGUGCAUAAAACGAAAGAGCAGUUCGGCCAGGACGGGCCAAUUACGGUGCACUGCAGCGCUGGAGUAGGAAGGACUGGCGUGUUCAUCACCCUCAGCAUCGUGCUGGAGAGGAUGAGGUACGAGGGCGUGGUGGACAUCUUCCAGACGGUCAAGAUGCUGCGCACCCAGAGACCUGCCACCGUUCAGACAGAGGACCAGUACCAGUUCUGUUACCGGGCCAGUCUGGAAUACCUGGGAAGCUUCGAUCACUAUGCAACAUAAACCCAGUGGCUCUCUCUCAUGCCACAUCCCACCUAGUGCACUUUUCUUAGGUCACGCGCAGCCUCAAUUAAUGCAUUAGGCUGCGAUGUUUCUUUGAAGAUUUCGCCACCACAUGCAGAGUGAAGGGGGACCAUCGGCUUAUCCCGUACCCAGAAACAGCACCUCUAACUGAGCCAUAGCAACCCGCUUGACAAGGGUGUUUCCUUCCACCCUAAGCCCAAACACACCGAUCGGUCAGUCUGAAGAUACAACUUCAACCACUGUUCCAAUCAGAAUACUUGAUCAGAUCUAGAUUUUUUAAAUUCAUUUCUGUGCUGUUGUGAGCACCCAGAUCGCUUUACAUUGUUAGGGUGUGGAACUCUGCACCUCGUCCACCACCAGUGUAGCAUCACCAACUUGAAAACAGGACCCAGCUACGGUAUUUAGCUGUCACAGGAAAUGUUUUUGAUUUUUCUAUCGUGAGGAUUGUCGUGAGGGAGACUGCAGAUCCAUUUUAUGGACGCCUCGUGGACUGAAAGAACUGGGACUUUUGAGCACCAGAGAAUUGCCAACAGAAGACUGAAUACACAGAGCACACAGUAUUAAAAAGACCAAGAACACACAUCCAAAAAAAAGACACAAAGACGUGUUUUUUUUCUGUUUUAUUUUGGAAACGGACUCAUUUCCUGUGAAUGAACAAGAUGUUUCUACCAUAUAGUAAUGAAAAAAACACCAGUUCAACCUUACGCGUCACGGUUUAAGAUAUGGGGAAAUUUGAGAGAAGUUUAAAAUGCAUCAUACCACAAAGUAAAACAUUAAUUUAGUUUUUUAGAAAAAAUGUGAAUAUGUGAUUAUCUUGUUUUGUUUUUUAAACUGGGUAUUCCUUAUGGCACGUUCAGUUUUUUGUUUUUACAGAUGUAUAACUUUGUCCCCACUGGCCAUACAAAGUUUUGUGUAAUCCAAUGAGCUGAAGCGUUCUCUUUUCUUUUUAAACGUGAUACAAACUGUUUUUCAAGUGUACAAUCAAAUCUUGUGUGGAAAAUGUUCACAGCACCACGACAAAACACCACCACUGAGUGUCACUCUCCUGUAUUCUCCACCCACGCUCUCUUUGUUAGAAGACACGUAUGUUCACACGCACAGGCGGGACUCUCAGCCUCGUCUCUACGUGGUCUGCGACGUCAGACACCUGAGAAUGGCCGGCUAUUUUCUUUUUUAUUUGUUUGUUUUGAACCUCCAGGGACGGCCCGCAGAGAUACAGUAUUAACCCUGCUGCUACCAAGUCCUGACGAACAACCACCGCCACGUUGUUCUGUGUGCACGUCAAGAGAAAGCCAGAUAGAGCACACAUACGGAGAGUAUGCACAGAACGCAAAAUAUAUAUAAAAAAUAUUUAUGUGUCCAAAUAAGCUUCACAAAGAUUUCUCAAACAGGGCGUGAGGACAGGAUGUAUAAGAGGGUGGGACAUGGGGGGGGGUCAUUGAAGAAAUAACUUCUCACCGAAAUGCUCACCUAUGACUUUUCUCUGUCUGAUUCAGUGUGCAAUAAGUAGAUGUAUUAUAUAUAUAUUUUUGUGUGGAGUCACUAACAGCAAGUUAUAUAUGCCAUUACGAUGAUGGUGCAACAUUUUUCAGACACGCGGAUGUUACGCUCCAUGAGGCUCCCACCACCAUUUUAGCGCGUCCGCCCGAGGAAAACGACCUCUGACCUCUGUAGGAAGUAGAUCUCGUAUCCCACGCCACAACUCCAGUAGACCACGACAUCCUUCUGUGUGUCAAGGCAACCAAUGAAUGAUCAAACUCGUUCUUCAAACAGCAUCUAAUACGUAUUUUUGAUUUUAGAUUUCUAGUGCCUUAUAUUACACGCCUAUUUUGAUAAAGUUUCUUUCAAGGUUUUUUUUUGUGUAUUUUAUGUGCGUAUGCUUGUGAACUGAAUGUCUGUGUUAUGCUUUGGUUACGUUAACGAUAUGUGAAAACUAUCUUGUGCUGGGUUUUUUUUGGGCUGUGAAAUUUUGUACGGGGAGGCUCCGUGUCGGCUGGAUAGUUGUACUCAUUAACUCUGAACCCAGCAACUGCAUCAUCGUAUCUCCUCUGAUUAACGAAAUAAAUCUUAAAUCAAAAUCAACUAUGGGCAAAAAA